GCUUUUGAAUAAUUGUUAUUAUUUUUAUUUCCCACAACCAGAGAAAAAAAAACAUUUGAAAUCGAAGUUAUCACCGGAAAGCUUGUGGAGAAAUGUCGAUGGGAAGCGACUCGACGUGGGUGGGGAAGAAACCGAUCAGGCGCAUCGGCGGAUUCUCUGAUGCUCUCUCCAUCGCCUCCGAUCUCGGUUACGCCGUCGCUCCUCCUCCCUCGCAGGAAGAAUUACAAAGCUUGGCGUCUUCAAAUGGCGAAAAGGGUGAUGAUUUGAUAAGGGUGUUGCGAGAGUUAUCUGCUGUGCAAAGGAAAAUUGCUGAUUUUCAGGUGGAGCUUCAAGGGAGGAAGGAUGAUAAGAAUGUGGCACAUUUGACUCAUGUGAGUGAAAUGCAAAAGAAGAUCGAGACACUAUCAAGGAUUACUCAAAUAUUGAAAGAUGUUAUACAAAAUAAGGAUCGCAUCAUUGCUCGUCUCCAACAGCCUUAUUCACUAGAUUGUAUUCCAGUUGAAGCAGAAUAUCAGAAACAAUUUUCAGAGUUGCUAAUGAAAGCCGCCAGUGAUUAUGGCGCCUUAACAGCAUCAGUGUCUGAUUUUCAGUGGAGCCAAAACUUUAAAGAACCUCCUUCAGUCUGGGGGGAAAUGCUGCGUCCGAUACCAGUGGCACUAGCGUCAUGCACGAGAUUCUUCGAGGCCAUGACUGCGAUGAGAGAAUCAUUCGCGACUCUUCAAGACCUUCGAGUUGGUAACUCUGCAGCUUCUUUACCAACAACACCAGGAAGUAGCGAAACGCCACAUAGAGACUCAGAUUGCGUGACUCCACCUCAAGGGAGAACAGAUUUAAGCUUCGACGACUUAGCUGUUCAGGCCACAAGGAGACAAAUCCCUGAUCAAAAUGAAGCUGAAGGCGAAGAAGAUGGUAAUGGCAAUGAGAAUGCUCAACUUGACCGGAGACUAUCAUGGCCUCCUUCGGUUAAGAAGAGUGGUGUUUAAGCAUGCGGUAUUGCUUUUGCUUGAGGUUCUUAAUAUCGAUUGUGUUUUUGUUCUAUCAAUAUUUGUGUCUUUUAUGGAUUUGAAAAUCUUUGGUGAAACUUGAAAGUAGAUUAAAAAUAGUGUUUAUUAUAUUCAACCUUGGUUUUACAAUUCUAUGUAUAACUAAAUGUUUCUAGUUUUCACAUUUUCUCAUGUGGAAAAGAGUGGUGUUUUUGACGUGA